AUGGUGAUGAGACAACUGCAGCGGACAGAACUCUGCCUCAAAGAAGUAAAGCAUUUUGAGGUGGAUGUAAGCACUGACUUCAAUUCGCUGUACAAACCGGAAGCAUUCGGCCAUCCGACACGAACAUUGAAUCGAUCAGCAGAUGAAAAUGAAAUUCAUGUUGGCGAAAAUAUUGGAGCAGCAAUACCAAGUAAAGGAGUUGAUUUUGUUGUUAAGCAAGACGAGGAGAUACGAGAAAUUGGGAAUAUUUUGGAAAUUGCUCGUCAGUUAACGAAAUCAUUCUCACCGAUAUCACCGACGGGAAGCACGGGCAAGAAGUUGGCCUCAAAAGAACCCGAUGAUCUUGCACUCAAAUUUGUGAAAUCUACAUCAUCCUUAACACUGGAGCGUAAAAUUGGUGAAGUUUUGAAAUGAAUCUUUAUCCUCUGUGGCGAAAAUCUGCCAUUUGUAUUACCAAGUUGGCAUGAAUUGAAUGUAUCCGUGCAACAGAAAGUAGAAGCAGAAGUGACAGCAGUUGGUGGGAGCGAAUUGGACUUCGAAAUUAUUGAUGAUGCU